AUUUUUUCUCAGCAAAAAUAUAUAAAAGACUGUCAGUAAGUUUUGUAGUUCAUAAUAUUAGUGUAUUAUAGAAAGAAUUUUAGUUUUCAUUUCGAAAAGUUUUUUUGUUGAGUAUUGCUUAUAUUCUGUCAAGUAGAAAUGAUUAGAAUUAGUAAUUUCCUCUGCAUUCUAGGAAUAUUAUUUGGCCAAAUGUGCUUGGUCUAUUGCUCUUGCAUAGAAAGAAGACAAACAAAUGGCACUAUUUCAGAUACCUAUACCGCACUCGGAAUGAACGAGAAUGAUAAAUGCUGGACUAUAGAUAAUUCAGAUAAUAAUUUGCUCUUCAUUCAACUAGACAGCCUUAAUUUCGGAAACAAGCCUGUUUCAGAUAUCGCUUUAUUCAUAACAUUAAUGCCGGAGUACAAAGUUGUUUACUAUUGGUCGCAAUCUCUGCUGGACAAUUUUACAACGACUUCAUCCACAGUUAAAGUCCUGUUUAGGGUAAAGUUUGGCUAUCAUGAGGCAGCAAGUUUUUCAUUAAGUUUCAGAAAAGAAUGUGGUGGAGUUUUCACCAAACCUACGGGAAUACUAAAGAGUCCAUAUUACCCAGCAAACUAUCCAGCUCUAGCAGAAUGUGUAUACGAAAUUCGUACGAGCCCUGGAAAUAUAAUCAAUAUUACAUUUGACAAUAUGGUGAUAGAAGAUGAGCCCCAAUGCCGAUAUGACUAUUUAAAGAUUCAAGAUGGUGAAGAGAAAAAUAGCUCUGUUAUCGCACUGUUUUGUGGAAAUGUUGUGCCAAAGCCAGUAAUAUCUACAAACAAUUACUUAAGAUUGACUUUUAGAACUGAUGGUGCUACUGAGUAUCUAGGAUUUCAUGCAGCUUAUACUGUUGUAGAAAAUGAACAUAGCAAAUGUUCCCUUGGAGAUAACUUUCACUGUUCCAAUACCACUUGCGUUCCAAAGAGUGAGGUUUGUGAUGGAAUAAAAAACUGCGAAAAUGGCGCUGAUGAAUUUGGUUGCGGUAUAGCUAAAAUAGAAGGUGUAGCUGCGGCACUCUCGAGAGAAAUACAAAGAUUGAAAAGUAAGCGAACUUCCUCCUGGGGUUGGAAUGAGAAUACGGCUAGGGCUCUCCUUGCGCUGUUUCUAUCUGGUGGUGCUAAAUUUGACGGGCGAAACCUCGAAGAGGAAGUAAUGGCUAAACACUCAGAACUUAAAACAUCUAUUGCUUUAUUAAAGAAGUCACUUUCAAAUGAACAACUGAGUAUGAUCGUCAAUGGAUUAUUGGUAACGUGUCACAACCCUCGUCAUUUUUAUGGACAGAACUUAAUCAAACGUCUUAAGGAGCAAGUACAGAUGCCAAGUAAUUUCACACACCCAAUAGCGUAUUUAACUCUUUGCAAUGCUAAGGAAUCUUGGCCGCUUAAAGCUAUUGGAGACCUGAAUAAAAUUUUAAGUACCAAUUCUAGCUAUCCUUUCAUUCGAGACUAUCAAGCAAUCGCAACCAUGGCUAUUUCUUGUUUCCAGAAUCAGACCAAUAUUCUUGAGGAAACUGAAAACAGCAAUCUGAAAAAUCAUUAUCUACGCAUCAUUCAACAGUUCAAACAAAUGCAGCAUUCCGAUGGGAGCUUUGGAAACGUUCAUACCACAUCUUUAAUAACUCAGGCACUUCUUUCAAGUGGCCAUGAAUACUCAAAGGACUGGAAGCUAAAUGCCACCAUAAAACACCUGAUUCGUAAACUAUCACUACCUCAUGAUCUUUUGGCGAGUUACCUAGCUCUUCCAGUUCUCAAUGCCAAAAGCCUUUCAGAUGUCGCCAAAGUAAAUUGCAGUUUAAAUCCAAGGAGAAGUGGAUAUGGUAAUAAAAUUCUCAUUCUAUUCUAUUUUACUUUUUU